AUGAGUCUUAAUCUCCAGAUGAUUCGUACAGCCAAUAAGGCGAGAGAAGCGGACAUCUGCCGUUCACAAUGUCGUAAGAAAAAUUUGCUUUUGCUGAUAAUGAACUACUUGACUGAAGAGGGGUUUGUUCAUGAUUACAAACAACUUUUUGGCAAUAGAUUUGUAAAUACAGCUGAAGUUCUUAAAGGCGAAACAAAUUUGGAUUUUGAUGCUUUUGUAAUCUGCGAUAAUAUUGACCUUGAUACUGUUCUGAUGGAAUUUGAGAGCUACCACUACGUUAAAUUUAAUAAAUACCCUAAAAUAUCAAAGAAAAAGGAUGGUAAUUGUUAA